GUCAUUUUCAAUUUUGUGCAUCUAGUCCAGUCCCAAGUGCCGAUGCCUGCGCCACCUCAGGUUGACGGUUCAUCUAUAUAAACACGCUCCGUGGAACGAAAAUCAAUUGCAAUAUCAUCACAGCUCGCAUCGCUCCUCAUUCACUCAUCUCCUUCAUUCACAAUCACUCAAUCCUUUCUCAACAUUUAGACUCUUGUCUUCUUCAAUCACCAUGCGCUCCUUCAGUCUCAUUCUCUCCGCCAUGGCGGGUGUCGGCGCUGUGUCGUUCCCCGAUCCAAGCGGUCCGCACCCCGUCGCUAUGCGAGUCCAGUCCAUGACGGACAAAAGCCGAAUCGACCCUUACUCGCCCGAGAACGACAGACAGAAGCGCAAGGUCAUGACGUCUCUGUUCUGGCCAAUCGACGACAAGAAAUCUUGCACAGUGAAGCAGGUUGCUUACAUGCCACCCGCCACAGCAGAGGUUUACGGACAACAGGCUGCCGCAAUGGGUCUCUCCAACGAGACAUUUGCUGAGCUCACAAUGGGGCUUUGCGACAUUGCUAGCAUCAAGGGAUGUAGCAAGUCCAAGGACGCUCAGUACCCUCUCGCUGUUUUCUCCCCCGGAUCUGGAAACUCUCGACUCAUCUACGGCAACAUGGCUAGAUCGCUUGCCAGCCGUGGAUACGUCAUCGUCACCGUCGACCACCCUUACGAUGCAGCCGUGGUCGAAUUCCCAGACGGCUCCGUCAUUGAGACUGCGAACAUCCCCGAGGAGGGAGAUGCUCUGAUCAAGUUGACCAAGAUUCGAGCCGACGACCUGUCUUUUGUCGUCUCUCAGCUUGAAAACACCUCCCGUCGAUCCUCGCUUCUCAAGGGACUGCCCGGAAAGAUUGACUUUGACAACAUUGUGGUUUACGGACACUCGCUCGGUGGUUCCAGCGCCGCAGUGGCCUUGCUCUCGGACUCACGCCUUCGCGGCGGUGCCAACCUAGACGGUCGUUUCGUCGAGCCCGCGCUCUCCAAGGGCCCAAAACAGCCCUUCCUCCUGCUUGGCCGACCCAAUCACCGUGCCGAGGAUGCUACUUGGGCCACGUUCUGGAAGAACCUGCGAGGACCCAAGACGGAGCUCGCUCUCGCAGGGACAGUUCACGGCUCGUUCACCGAUGUGCCUCUCAUCGUCACCGCUCUGGGACUCCCUGCCGAGGUCAAGGCUCAGAUUAGUUCCACGAUCGGUACCAUCGAUGCACAGCGACUCGAGAAGGUGUUGAUGAAGAUCCUGUCGUCUUUCUUCACCUAUACCUCUGAGGGUAAGAACACGCCGUUUUUCAAGGCUGUCAAGGCCAUAUCUGAGCUGUCCAUUGUCAACAGCAAGCUUCCCGACAGGAGCUAAUGUAAUAACAUCCAUACCCGCUUUUCGGCUAUCAUUUCUUUCUUCUUUGGCAAGAUACUGUCAUUAUGGUGUCGGUGAAGGACUUUGGUGAAAUUGGGUGUUUCAUAUAGACAUAGACUAUCGUUAAUCGAAAUUUCCUUGAGUUGUUUUCACACAAAUUUCAUCAAGACUGAUUCUUGCUGGCCGCGCGUCGCUGAAUAAUG